UUCAAAUAUGGUUAAGUAAAACGUUGUCAGUCAUAAUGUAGCACGUUUUUUCAACAAUAAGUAACAAACUUAAGAGCUAGUGAAAAAAAAAGACUAUUCUGGCAUAAGUUGUGAAAAUACUGGCAUAACCAAGGAGGCAUAACUGUGCUUCUUUUAGUGUAGCAAGUGGAGUAACACAGAGGUCACUGAGAGCCGCCGCCAGACCCCAGCCACAAAUGUCAACAUGGAGCCACGGUUGUGCUUGCUGUCACAGCUGAUUAAGCGACUUCAAAGUCAACAAGACCCAACAGAGGGAGAGCUGUAUGGAUUAACCACAAAUGAGGGACAGGUGGUGGCUGUUACCCUAGUCACAAAGGCAGAGGGUCUCAAACAUGAUGAAUCCCUCCUACUACCUGUACCCUUCACCUGUGUUGGAAAGUUCCAAGUAUGCAAGGGGGAACAUGCUGCUCCAAAUUUAGAGAGUGGGCAAGUUGCAGUCAUCUGGGACCAACAAGAGAUUCACACUUACUCAAAGGAAGAGGAAGGAUUGUCCAUUGGAAACUAUGCCACUCUCUCCCAAGAAGAAUUCUAUAAAAGUUUCAUUCUGGCAAAGGUACACUUUUCCCUGGAUUUAAGCUCAAAAGAAACCUCAUCAUCUAUCAAGAAUGUGAUCCAAAGCUUAAGAGAUCAACUCGAGUCACCAGCUGCAUGUUUUAGGCUACACAAUACUAAUUUGUUACUAGAGAACAGUGAAGAGGGGAUACUGUCACUUGGAGGUCCAGUCAGUGAUGGUGAAGAGACGGUUGCAUCAGUGUUCAAAGGUUCAGGGAAGAAGAAGACAACUCCUUAUAUUGUAGUUUCUUUCCAGCUUAUGUUGAAUCGAAGUUCAGAGACAUCAACAGAUGCACCGGUAGUUCGAAUAGAUAAUAGAAAGACUAAUGUCUUAUCAACAAUAUUUAGUGGUGAAGCUGUUGUAUAUUUAGAAAAAUCAACUCAGAUUUCACAUAUUGCUGAGCUCUUGGCACAAGGAGUGAUUCAACAAUUACUUUUAGCAGAGUUUUGGUUAGGUGAGCAAGUUUCAGACAAGAAACUGCGUGGAACAUUGACAUCAGUCAACUCUUUACAUUUUAUUGCUGGUCAUGUAGUAAAUGUUAUAUAUCCUAAUGAUGUUGAUGACAAAUAUUUGGAAACAUACAGAAAAUCAGUUCACCGAGCUUUGCUAUUCCCAUCUGAUCGACCUAUGUUGAGAUGGGCAAAUAGAUUAACACCAGCUCCGGGCAGUAAGUCUUCAGCUUUGACAAACACUCACGUUGGUGUUAAACCUUCAAAAGUUAACGGGGACGUGAGAAUUGUUCCGGGAACAUAUGGGUACCAUCACUAUAUGCAGGAUCGCUUUGAUGACAACAAAUGGGGAUGUGCAUAUCGGUCUCUUCAAACAUUAGUAUCGUGGUUUAGAUAUCAGGGAUACACGGAGAAACCUAUUCCAACGCAUAAAGAAAUCCAGAAAUGUUUAGUCGACAUUGGCGACAAACCGUCUAGUUUCCUCGGUUCGCGUCAGUGGAUUGGUUCGACCGAAGUUGGUUAUGUGUUAGACAACAUGUUCGGCAUUAGCUCAAAAUUCAUUUUUGUGAGCAGUGGGGCCGAGUUGACUUGUAAAGGACGUGAACUAUUGAUGCAUUUUCAAAUUCAGGGAACUCCAAUUAUGGUCGGGGGCGGCGUUCUUGCUCAUACCAUCAUCGGUGUCGAUUGGAACGCACAGACGGGAGAUAUAAGCUUUCUUAUUCUUGACCCCCACUAUACCGGGUCUGAAGACCUCAACACAAUUCAGACUAAAGGUUGGUGUUGUUGGAAGGGACCAGAUUUCUGGGAUCCAGCUGCUUAUUAUAACUUGUGUCUUCCUCAACGUCCUUCUUGUAUCUAAGGUUUUCUCGGGUGACAAUAGUGAAGCUUUUUGGUGUUUGAUGCUGGCAGUCGGUUUAAUAAUUAAAGGAAAAAUAUAAACUUAUAAGAAAUAAAAUUCAACAUCUAAAAUUGUAAUCGUGUUAAAGAUGCUCCUCAAGUCUAAGAAUAAAUAUGCUGUACUUUUGUUCCUUGGCAGCGUCUGGAUAAGUGGGGUUAACGGAGAGAUUUUUUCCCAUAAUGUUUUUUUCUUGUGCCUGUGUACAGUACUGUACAACAUUUGUUUUAAGGAAUACUGUAUCAUAAAAAUAAUAGGAUGAUAAAUUUGAGUAUAACUCAUGAUAGAAAUUUUAAACAGUACUCUAAGUAAAUGAUAAUCAAAUUAUAAAAGUACAGUACUAUAUAUUUUUAUGAGCAACUGACCAUAUAUGUAAAUACACGUGCAAAUUUUUUUGUCUUUCUUUUCUGAAAUAAGAAAAUUAUGUUCAGUAGCUUGGGAUGUAUUUCAUUAUAAGUAUGUACUGUACAGUUGGUCAAAAGGGCAUUGGCUUCUUUCUCUGUAAACUGUUGGUGGUGCUGGUAAGGUGUGUACAGUACAGUACAGUAUUUUACUCAACUCUCCCAUAUUCCCCAGGCAUCAUUGUGUGUUUUACAGGUGUUCAAAUGAGGAAGUUGGAAGGUGUUAAAAAAAAUCUAAAGACAAGAGAACAUCCAGUACAGAAUAAUUUAUGAAGGUGUCAUUGGCCAUCUACUGUACAAAGAAUUGACAAGAACACUGAAGAGAAGUAUUACAGUACUGCUAUUAGGCAUCACUUAACCAAUGACAUGAUACAUUUUGGUGAUAAUAGUCCUCCACAGUCUGAUGAAAGUAUCAUUGGCAACUGAUGGGGGAGUAAGCUGCCUCUUCCUUACUGUACUGUAUGUUGUGUAACCAAACCAGAGAACUCCCCCUUCAUAUUUUUCAUAAUAUUCUAUAAAUACAACUUAAACUAUAACUACUACUACUAUACAGAAUUAUUCAUUUUACUGCCUGCUGUACAUUACAACUUUGAAUUAUAUAUAAACUAUUAUCCUUUCACAGAAGUAUAUGAUUUACACUCAUUAUCUCUGCUGUCAUAAUAAGAUGAUGUACAGUAGCUAAAAGAAGUAUCUGACAGGGUGGGUCCGAUGAUUCCAGAAUUAUACGUACAAUUCGUGAUGUCUCGGGAGGGUUGGUACGCGUGUCUUCGCCCACCACCAUUCAGUAUGCAACACGGGGUGAGUUGGCAUAUAGGAAUAAAAUAAACGAUUAAGUAAUUACUAACACAUAGUAUAAGUAGACAACACAUAUCCCAAUACCUCUCGUCUAUGGUCUCACACAGAGUAUGCACAGAUACUUUUUUAGCUACUGUACUUGCUGAAGUUCCCAAUCUAGAUUUAUUGGUUAGUUGGAUUAUUUUUUAUAGUCACUUAUUUUAUUUAUACGGUUAUUUCUUAAUAAAAUAUAGCUCUCUUCAA